AUGAACCAGCUGCCCGUUUCGCCCGUCAAAGGCAAGAAGAAAAAACGCUCGUUCCUCGAUGACGACGAUUUUUUCGUCAAGAAAAAGCCCCGGGCAAAAACGCCAACAAGUUCCCAGGCCAGCCACACAGCCCAGCCACCCUCCACCCAAACCGUGGCUCCGGUCCAACAGCCUCACCCACCGCCGCCAGAAAUGCACUCGAAUCCACCGCUUUCCGUGGACGGCGAUGUCUCGGAGAACGCCUCUCUCACAUACCACUCGGCAAACGAGUCAUUCCACGAGCUGGACGCGGCAGACUUGUCCGUCCUGCCACCAAACACCGGCGUGCUUCGGGCCAAAGAGCCCCCGGUCGUCGUGGAAUCAGACAAUGCAGACGACUCGGGCUUUCUCGAUCCAGAUUUGCAAGAGUUCGUCAGCGGGCUCGCCAAAAAGAACACUGCGCUGGCGCUGGCACACCAGCAUGACCGCAUCUACCGCUUGAAGGUCACAUCUCGGCUCGGGCUUCCUCUCGAGUACGAGAAGGAGAUCUCCGGCGAAACCACGUUUGCACAGCUCCUCGAGAUCUUGCUGCAAGACACGCUCCGCGAGCACAACCAGCCCGACUACUGGACCCGUGGUGUGUUGGUGUGGAUCGAGGGCCGGCUGGAGCUCAAGCCGUUUUUCAGGCCCAGCACGCUACGGCUUCCGCAGGCGCCGGGGCACUUGCCCACGCAGAUCAGCUGCUUGUACAUCCCGCCCGAACACGUGCACAACUUCGAGAGCCUCUAUGCGGAAUUUGACGAGGCAGGAAGCAUAAACGAGCAGGCUCAACCAAACGAGGCCACGCACGCAAAGGAGGCAGCAACAGAGGUGCCAUCUGGCCCCGAAGUGGUGGUGCUUCUGGACGCGUCGGACGACGAAAACGACGCGGAAACUGCCUCCGCACAGCCUGUCGAGAAAAGCCAAUACUUUGUCAUUGGGCUCAAGGGCAAGGACAACAAGCGCAUCGAGGCCGAGGUCGGGCCGGCCACCAAGAUCCGCAACCUCCUCAAGUACUACAUGCAAGUGAAAGGAAUCAAGGAGACACCCGGGCGGCCGGGCCGCAUAUUGUUUGAGGACGAGCAGCUUGAUCUCGACGCGGUGGUGGGCGAUACGGAGCUCGAGGAGGACUUUGAGGUGCAGGUGCACAUUUGA